AUAGAAAAAAUAGUGUGUGAGGGGGUGUGAAGAAAAGGAAGAAGAAGAAGAAAUGGGUGAUUGUAAACGCUGUGCUCUAACAAUUGCGGCCAUGGAGGAUGCAUCUUCAAGUGGCCCUACCAUUUCCAAGAAAAGGAAAACUACUGCAGUUUCUGCUUCUUCUUCUUCGUUUGAGUUGCAGUUACACUCCAACUCACGUUAUUCGAUCGGGGGCUUUCCCGACAUAACCGUCUCGCCGGAAGCUUCUGUCAAUUCCGCCGGCACGGUGGUUUCCGGUGAAUUCUGCUCGGACCGCUCUCUGAUGUCUUGCUGCAGCUCCAGCUACGUUAAGGAGCUCGACGCCACGCCGUUGGAUCUGGAGAUCAAGGGUUUGGAAACGGUCGACUCAACCAACCGCAGUUUCAAAUCGUUCAGAUUGUUGAAUGAAUUUUGUGGAGACUCGGAAGAAUCGACGAUGUUUCCGGCGAAGCCUUCGGUGGCAGUGAGCGAGCAUCGAAAAGUGAAGAUGCCGCCAAAGGCGGAGAUUGAAGAGUUCUUUGAAAUGGCUGAGAAGUACGAUCAAAAGCGGUUCGCAGAGAAGUACAACUUUGAUAUUGUUAGAGAUAUGCCGUUGGAGGGUCGCUACCAGUGGGUUCGUUUACAUUGAAUGCCUUGAAUGAGAGAGUGAGAGAGAGAGCGUGCGUUUUAGUUUUAGUUUUAGAGAGAGAAAGAGUCAUGGAGGUUGAUGGGUAAGGAGAGAGGAGAAGGAGAGGGUUUGUAGCGCGUAGUGAAUAGUCCUGGCUAUUGUACACUGGUGAGGAAGCUAACCUGACACGAGGUAAAACGAAAACGAGCGUGCGACUAUUGGUUGCCCUGGAGAGACGGUGCUGGUGCUGGUGAGGUUUGUUUUUGUACAGCUAACUGCUUUCUCUUUAUCUGGUCUCUGCAACAGCGCAAUAUCGGCAUUCAGAUAGAAGUAGAAGUGUAGAAGCUUCUUUAUGUGCAGGUGAUGAAGGAAAAAAAAUUAAAUUGGUUUUGUGGGAAGUAUACAGAGAACACAAAAAUUCCCACAUUGAAUUAGUGUUCUAAUGUUUGGCAGCCAUUGUAAUUGAGACCGUCUCUUUCAGUGUUCCCAGUACAA